CAGUGUACAACAAGCAGCACAAAACCAAAUAUUAUUCAGGUAAACAUAUUGAGAAAGAAAGAUGGAGAAACACGUUAUAAUAGUUGCAUCCGCAAUAAUAUUUUGCCUCGCCACAGUACCAGUCUAUGGCCAAUACUACUCCGAAACUGUUACGCCACCGCAUCGGCCGGAGAAGAUGACCCGGCUCCACUUCUUCUUCCACGACAUCCUCAGUGGCAGCAACCCUGGCGCGGUCCCAAUAGCCCUUCCUAACACCACCAACCCGGGCCUAUACCUCACCUUGGUUGCAAUGGAUGAUCCCCUGACCGUGGGGCCUGAUCAAACAUUGACGAGAAUCGGAAACGCCCAAGGGCUCUAUGUAUGGACCGGUAAAGACCCUACGCAGUUCGGUGCAGUUUUGUACACCGAUUUCGCGUUUACUAGCGGGAAGUUUAACGGGAGCUCGUUCAGCUUGUUCUCGCGAUUCCCGAUCACGGAAAUCGCUCGUGCGAAGGAAGAAGUUGUUGAAAUGGCGAUCGUGGGAGGGAGAGGUGCGUUUAGGAUGGCCAGAGGGUAUGCUCUUACUCGGGGAACUUAUGUAAACCAAUUUAAUGGGGAUGCUGGUCUCGAGUUCAAUGUUACUUUGUACCAUUACUAAACCAGGCAUCAAUAAUUGUUGUAAUUCUGUGAAUUAGA